AUGCCUCAAUUACCGGUGCAACGAUGCCCAUUCCCCUUGGAGACAAUUUCCCCAUCCGUGUCGCUCCCGAUGAGGCUUCCGACAAUAAUCCUCCUACUUUUUCAUGAGAUUUACUCGUUGAGUCGCUGCUAUUCUUGCUUAACUCACUGCCGGAUUCUGCCUGGUGGAAAGAUCGACGCAAAAACUUGUGAUUGCGUUGGAAAAGCUGAGGAUAGCUGCAUGGGAAACGCGUGUUUCGCGAAGAUUGAACUGUUUUCAGAGGAGAAAACAGCGAUUAUACAGAAAGGUUGCACAACUGAGCUACAAGGAGGGCAAGUUGGGUGUCAAUACGCGAGCAACUCCGAAACAGUUCACUGUUUUUGUCAAGGAGAGCUGUGCAACAAUAGGAAUCAAUUUGCCGACUUUGUUCCCGCUAGAUUGCCAACGGUUGAGUGCUGUGGUUGUAGUGAAAAACAUGGAGAUUCGUGUCCGAAAACGGGCUGUUUACACAAAUGCAAAGGAAACUAUUGCGUGGUCGACUUUGAUGGAAUCGAACAAGGCUGUGGCCUAGGCUUUCCGCGACUUCAGAAUUUCCUUCGAAUGCCCGCCUAUUUAGAUUGGCAAGGAGAACCGAUUUGUGCUAGGUAUGAGGCUGGCCCGUCCACUGUAAUGAACGGCUGCACUUGCACCGGUCUUGCUGGAAAUUGCAAUGAAUUGAAUAAGACAAGGAAUUAUCAACUCUCUAAAGUGAUUGAUCGACCAGAAGCUCCGUUAAACUAUUGCUACAGUGUCAGCCACAAAUCCGGGAAACCUUUUGGGCCAGAAGUGUUCAAAAAAUCUGUGACAUGUGAAGGGCAAUAUUGUUUCAUUUCGAUGACCACCUCCGAAAUCGUUUUGGAAACAGCCGACUUUGAGCACUCAUACGAUGAUCAUGAAGAGUUUGUCGGAUUGGCAAGACCGAAAUUCGAAUUGCUUGCUGGGUGUUUGAAAGUCGAUGAUCCAAAGAAGUUGGUUGUUGGUUGUACUACCGAAUAUUCGCACAAUCUAACCGAUCCAUUAUCAAAACAUUGCAUUUUGGGACUGAAGAUCCAAGACCGAGAGUUCAGAACCAGAAUUUGGAGAGGAACAGUGACGCAAAAACGUCUCCAAUCUCGCAAAACAAAGUCUCCAUUCUACCUCCAGCAACGAAAUCAGCAA